UGUGCUCUAUAGCCGAGAUUCUCUCUCCUCCAAUCUCGCCCAUUCUCUUGCUUGCUCAUCUCCUUUAGUCUUGUGAACUUAGACUUGUGAAGAUGUAUUGAAAAUACAUGAGAAGAAGACGUAGAAAAUGACACUAUUGUCAGAAUGGAAAUUUGGAAUGGAAGGAUUAGGAAAGAUAUAUUUACAAACUUAAUUGUUGGGGACUCUUCAAGGGACUUGGAAUUCCAUGAGCCAAAAACCAACUCCUCCAAUGAAGAAAUCAGUUUAUUAGAUGACAGCCACAAUAUUUCUGAAAGUAGCAAAUGUGUAAGAUUAGGCGGCUACUGUCCAAAGAGAAUAAAAAUGAAUGGUAGUCGUUGGACACGGACUGCUUUAGAGGAUGACGUGUUUCAGGGGAGAAAAACAUUGAGGUUGGUCUCAAAAACUUGUGGCUUGAUGUCAAAUAAACAUUUCUAUUUGUUCAUGGGGAGAUUAUUGAUGAAUCCACGUGAAAGAUCGUGGUUUUAUUUUGUCAAGCCCUCAUUGCGUUUGAGAUAUCUAGAAAAACAGUUUAAAGAGUUUAGUGCAGACAAAGUGAUACCAGAGCCGACCCAACCGACCGGCGCCGACCCUACCGUACCGCCUCUGGCUCCGACCGAGGCCAGCGAUCUGAAGGAGAAUCCUCGCCUGAGUCCAUGGACUCUGACCAACAACUGACCGUGAGUCACUGAGUCGCCUCUUGCAGCUAGCUUGGCACGACCAGGCCAGCUACCUCCUACCGCCGAUUUGAAGUAUGUCCUAAUCUGAAAAAUCUAAGUUUCACCUGUUGGUAUUUUACUAGUUUUGCAAUGUGAUAUACACAUGAAUGUUAAUUAAUUAGUUCUAGAGGUUAUCUCUUAAUUAAUCUUUUUUACUUGCUCUUUUAUUUCCUAAGGUAAGUUUGACUUCCAGUUUGCUAUUUUAUUUCUCUAAAAAGUGUUAGCCCAAAAUGAAGAUGUUGAAAUGGUCUGUUCAUGACUUGCAAGCAGCCAAGAACUCAAAUGAGUGAUUGAAAGUAAGGGUGUGCAUGCAUGUGAUACAAUUUUAUUGGUCAAUGCAUGGGCCAUAAAUAAUUUUUUCUAA